UCUGACUAAUAAUUCUGAGCGUUAGCUGUUUCUAUUUUUCAUUACUAGAGUUAUAUAAAAGGUUGCCGUAUGAAUAGAACGCAGUUAUUUGCAAUGCUUGAUUAUGCGACAAUAUUCAGCUCAAUAUAGACACAUAACUCAAAAAGCAAAAAUAUAAAACUGUAGAACAGUUAUCUCUCGACUUGUAUGUUCAGAUUGUUUCUUCUAGUGUAUAAGUUUAAAUCUUCUCUAUUCUGACGAGAAUAUUUGUCUUAAAUGUUGUGAACAUACAUGUACGAAACCAGGCUUUUUUGGAAAUAAAUUUGGAUAACAUGGAUUGUCUUUGCCAUGCUUUACGGAAACAGGCGAGCAAAAAGAAACCAAAACAAGAAGAUGGUGAAACAACGAUGGAUAAAGCAAGCGUAUACUCAAGUCACGAUGUGGAAAAGAACUUUGAUUCCGAAAUACGUGAGUUGUUCCGAUUGUUUGACACAAACAAUGACCGUUCCAUAUCAGUGCAGGAGCUGGGCAAGGCGAUGAGGUUCCUGGGAAUGUCACCUACAGAACAAGGGAUAACUGAUGCCAUGAGUGCCUUGGACACAAACGAAAAUGGCAGGAUGGAGUUUCAAGAAUUUUACAAAUUUAUGCAAGCAGAGAUGACUAAACUGAAUGAAGCAAAUUUCACAAACAACCAAGACACCGUACGCUCAGCAUUCCGGACGUUUGAUAAGGAUGGAAAUGGAUACAUAGACGAGAAGGAAUUAAGAAUUGCAAUGAAGAAGUUAGGUGAAGCAUUGACGGACAAGGAGCUGGACGAUAUGAUGAAACAAACUGAUGUCGAUGAGGAUGGCAAAAUCAAUUAUGAAGAGUUCGUUAAGAUAUGGUGUGAAACAACUUGAGGAACUCCUAUCCUGCUACAUAGUUAUCAUUGAAUGGACUGGAAUUUUGCAUCCUUUGUAUAUCUGUUUCAUUAUAAAGGCAUAUAAUUAUGUAUUUAUGCUUAUUUUUGAAUUAAUUACGUAAAUGGUACUGUUCUUGUUCUCAUUGAACAUUUAGGCAGUUGGAUUUAACAUCAUCAAUUAGUUCGUUGUUUAAGUUAUAUAAAGCGUAAUUGCAUAAUGCGCACGAAAGAAAAUACCGAUUGACCGCAACAAAAACUUCAUUUGGUGCAAUAAGAUAAACCUUUAAUUGUGUAUUUCAACCUUAAAUACUUUAA